AUGGCUGCGCAUGACCUCACGAUUUACGCAAACAGCGAACGGGACUUUGUCGAGCCAAGAAAUUUGUCGCGGAUAAGAGAUCUCUGGAAAUAUGAUACUGAAGAUGUUCGAAAGAUGCUGGGCGCAACGAGAGAGCCUCUAUCAGUGAACGACCGAGGCAUUCUCAAUCUCCAGCCACCUGCGAACUGGACAGAGACGAUACUGAAUGUCACCACUCAAGACUAUCUUGCAGCUAGCAUUCUGGGAGGCUUGCGUAAGCUUGAGAAUCCAGAUUUGAAGACCUACUACCCCGAUUACGAUCAGAGUCGAGUCUAUCCUCAGACUGCAGUGUUAACACCUUUCUCUCCAUACAACUCGAUACAUCGAGCACAUACGGCAUUGUUCCAGGACGUCAUACAGUCUACCGAGAACCCAGCACUAGCCUUCCAGGCCCUGUUUACUACCAUCUCGUCAAUGGCGUACUAUAAUGCGCUUCCUCUGUUUUUCUUGGACCAUAAUGCAACUAUCGCCACCUCGAGAUCUUUUACCAUACAAGUGCAGUGGACAGGUUUCGCAGUUAUCGUAGCCCUUCUGGUUGUUCACGCCUUCCUGGUCAUCACCGCAGUGGUUCUGUUUCUCUCCAAAACGGACCACUCGCUUCUCGGCAAUGCGUGGCAGGAUGUCGCACAGGUAUCUUCAAGUGAUACCAUGAACACAAUGUAUCAUGCUACGAACAUGACUGACUUGGAAGUCAAACGGCUACUAAGGAUGAAUCGUUGCGAAGACAACGAGGUGGUUUUGAAGACGGGGGCGGAUAGCGGGAGAAGCCAAGCUGUAUACAGGAGGGGUAUCUGA